ACAAGCAUACACAAGGAAUUUUUAAAUCUACAGCAAGAAUUAUAAAAUAAAAAAAAUAUACAGAACUUAUGUUACACCAAAAGCGUAGUCAAAUUAGUGUCCUGUAAAAUACUUACCAGGGAAUAUUUAAGGAUCUCAAGAAACCCAAAGCAUAAACAUACAUUUUUUGAAGGAGUAUAACGGAUUAUUUGUACAAACAGGACUACAAGAUCCCAGGAAUGAAAACCAUUCAAAGUUAGAUAAUAUACCUAAUGAAUAACGGAAUUAGCAUAGAUCCGUAGAGCCUACAAGUAAAAAUGGAUACAACCGCCGAACGUCAGGUUAGAUUGGAAGGAGUUGAACGGGUGCUCAAGAUGUCGCAGGAGCGCAUUAAGAUUGCGAUGAUUAUUCCAAAGCUUUUGGAGCAUCCUGAAAAGCUAAAGAGUGUGCUGAUGGGCACCUGCUACGAGGAAGUCCUUGAACCCAUCGAUAGUAUGAUUCGCCACCUUGGAAAGCAGACUGGACGCUCUAAGCUGCCGCACGAUCACACCACUAUGAGAAUUGUGGAUUUCUUUCUGGUCAACCAUAACAUUCACCGAUUCUUCCCGCACUUGAAGCAUAGCCUCAACGAAAGGGAUCAACAGUUGCUGGCCGCCUUUCACUUUCUCCUCGAAAGCGCCCACUUGCAUCUGCACCGAUCGUCGCGCAGCGAGAUCACCAAGGAGCGAAAGCUUCAUGCCAUCUACCACCAGAACGUGGACAUCCAGAAGAAAAUCAAGGAGCUGAAGGCCAGCCUGGCCUUUCAGAAAGUAAUUGGCAAAUGGAAGACGGCCGCCAAGGGAAUCUAUCUGAUGAAGGUCGAGGAGGAUCUGGCCAAUAAGAAGUGGCAAAACAACGUGGCCAUUCAGAACGAAAUUGAAAAGUGUAAUCGCACCAUGCGUAAUUAUCACAAGGGCAGCAUGGAAAGGCAAAAAGAGCUGGAGGAAGAGCUGAAUACGGCUCGGGAAACCUACGAAAAGAUGACUAAGAAGAACCUGACCGAGGAGCAUGAGUUGCGUAGUGAGAAAAACAAAUUGCUCCUACAACUGCAGAGUAUGCUUAAAAAGUACGAUACUAGUGUGGGUGAAAAGAUGCGUGAGAAUCUGGUGGCGCAGGAUCAGUUCCUGGAGGCCAAGAAGAUCCUCGACGACUUCAUGGUGCAGUUCAAGCAGGAGGAGCGUGUCUAUAAGAAUAUUGUUGUGAAGCGCGAGGAGGAGGAGCGUCGUGUUCAGCAGCAGAAGCUGGUGGUCUUUAUGAUGAAUCGGGCUGCGGCCAAGAUCCAGAAAUACUGGCGCAAAUGGAAAAAGGACCAGCGCAAGAAGAAGCGCCAGGGAAAGGGCAAGGGCAAGAAGGGAAAGUAGUAUAAUUCCAGUAAAUUUACCUACCAUUUCCACAUUGUACAAUUUAUACGUCCUUUUUUUAAAGUUGAUAAGUUCAGUUUACUUUUCCUCUUAUAUUGUUUGCUCUUUUGUUUAGCAAGCUUUGGUGGCAUAAAUUACCCAACCAUAUAAGAGUACACAUGUAUGCAAAUUAAUAAUCCUAUAAGAGCAAAGUCAAAUGUUUACUUGCAAUUAAAUCAUGUUUACUUGGCACUUGUCGCCCAUA